AUGGUAAAGCUUUACAGGUGUCUGCUCAUCUUACUGGUAAAUUUGGCAAGAGGGGGAGCUGCUACACAGUCAUCGACCUACACCGACGAGACUGCUGACAAAGCUAUCGAUGGCAAUCCAGACAAGAAGUGCGCAGAAACCGUUAUUGGAAAUAACCCGUGGUGGAGACUGGAUCUGCGUGAUGUAUAUCAUGUGAACAAAGUCGUCAUCACCAACAGAUUUAUCUGCUGUUCAAGUGAAAUAAACGGAGCAGAGAUUCGCAUCGGAAAAUCUCUGGAGAAAGACGGCAACAACAAUCCCAUAUGUGCUGUUGUUUCUUAUAUUCCUGCAGGUGAGUCCUACACCUACUAUUGUGGUGAAAUGGAGGGACAGUAUGUAAAUCUGUUUAUUGCUGGGGAGAACAAGAUUCUUACUAUGUGUGAGGUGGAGGUCUAUGGUAAAGGUCGUUCUGUUGCAAAGACGAUGGUUAAGAUGCAGUUUAGCUCCAGUGCUGAUUUGAGUGACCCGUCAGUGAGAAACAAUCUUCUUAAACAGCUGGGAACUGCACUGGAUAACAGAGGAUUAAAAAAUGUGACAGUGCAGUGGUCUCAGCUCCCUGAAAAAGAAGUGAAAGAGCGCAGGCUACUGGCAGGCAUGCAGUCACACAAGGCCCUCCUCUCAGCCCUCAAUACCAAACUCUCUGUCUGUAAAACACAUGGCAGAUAA